AUGGCGCCAACAAAACACUCAUCCCUCGCCGCCUUGGCUUCCCUCACCCUCCUCCUCUUCUCACCGGUCUCUGCCUCUGAGGUUCCCAGCCUAGAAUGCCUGCGCACCCGCAGCUACGAGCUGGCCGCCCAUUCCGCCUGCGGUGACGAGGGCGCCCUCAAGCACUACUUCUCCACGUUUCCCACCGACCUGUCGACCGGCGACGAGAAAUUCCUCAAGACCCUGACAAAGUGCUAUAUCGAUUCCGGCUGCAACAAGGAGGAAACGCCCGGCCAGAUCGUCGAGGCCGCCAAGCGCUGCGCCGCCCCCGCCGUCCACGAGCACCAUCAUCUCGGCCUUCGCUCCCUCAACGAGAAGGGCAUCUACAACCACCCCGGCCGCCUGCGCAUUCCCGUCCCCGCCCAGCCUGUCGUCGAAGCGCGCGCCGCUGUCACCGCGGCCCCCGUCGAGCCCGAUGUCGCCCUGAUGAUGUCCAAGGUCACCGCUCCGGCCGUGCUGCGCCGCACCGAUGAAGCCGCCGAAACCCGCCCGUCGCCGAAGGAAGUCCAGUCCUGCCCCACCCAAUCCACGGGCACCGCCUCGGGCAAGAAACUCCCCUGCUUCGAGACCAGCGUUCCCGUGGACGUGUGCGUCGAGGGCUUGAUCUGCCGCAACGAGAACGGCCAGGGCAUCAGCUGCAUGUACAAGCAGUCCGGGCUCGACACUGCGGGAAUCGUCAUGGCCAUCUACUUCGCCGCCACCAUCGCCCUGUCCAUCUGUGGCCUGUGCUUCUUCUGCUGCCGCGAGCGCCGCACCAUGAAGAAGCUCGAGAGCGCGGCCGAGGCGGCCAAGAUCGCGAAGGAGGCCAAGACCAGCGCCAUGGUCGCUAAUAAGCGCGCUGCCGCCGCCCCUGCGAGCGACCAGCACCAGCAGGAGCAGGAGCACAUGCUCGAGCAGCCGCUCAUGGGCGGGAACGCGGGUUAUAUUGGCGGUAGUGGUGGGUAUCAGGGUGUCCCCCUCAACAACGAGUAUGAUGAUGUCCCUGCCCCGCCGCCGCAUAUGGCUGGUAACACUGGGUAUGGAGGCGCGGCGGGCGUUAGGGGCGGUUCGGGUAGCGGAAGCCCCACGGGCGGUGCGCCGAAUCCCUUCUCGGAUCAUAAUGAGGGACACCCUGCUUUGAGGUAA